UCCCAUUAUGAGGAGGGUCUCAUAUUAGGACCCCGAUAUUUAUAUAGAAUUUUUUCAGGGGAGUUCUUCUAAACGUCGCAAACAAUGGAACAAGGGGCAAAUGGUGUUGGCGAUUAAAGCAGUUCGAACUCAUGUCAUGGGUUACAAGACAGCGGCGAAACAUUUUCAAGUACCGAAAGGUACCCUUGAACGUUAUGUUAAAAACAUUAAUUUUUCUCCUGAAGAACUCGUUCGUACAACACUUGGUAGAAAACCUGCUUUAGGAAAAGCUAUCGAGGAUGAGCUAGUUCGAUACUGUCUCGAUAUGGAUAAUAGGUUUUUUGGUCUGCGAAGAUCUGAUGUAAAACGCAUGGCCUUCGAGUUGGCAAUUGCUAAUAAUAUCCAGCACCCAUUUUCACAGGAAAAAGGCGUUGCAGGAAAAAAAUGGCUUAGAGGAUUUUUCAAACGUAAUCCCCAGCUGUCUGUUAGGUCACCUCAAGGCAUGUCCAAUGCCAGAAUACGGGGAUUCAAUCAAGAAAGCGUUGCUUCAUUCUUCGAUUUGUACGAAAAGGAAUUAUCGAAAAUCAAUUUUGCACCACAAAGGUUGUUUAACGUGGAUGAGACAGGGAUUAGUGUGGUGCAACAUAAAAGAAGUAAGGUCAUUUCUGCUAAAGGUAAAAAGCAAGUAGCAACACUUACAUCAGCUGAAAGGGGAGGCCUUAUUACAGUGGUGACAUGCAUGAAUGCCGUAGGAACUUACGUACCGCCUUUAAUUGUGUGGCCUAGAAAAAAUAUGAAAAUUGAAUUGAUGGACGGUGCGCCAACCGGUUCCAUUUACGCAUGUCACCCUUCUGGAUGGAUUCAAGCCGAAAUAUUUACACAAUGGUUUGACCAUUUUAUUAAAUUCACAAAGCCAACACCAUCAGAUCCUGUGUUAUUGGUGCUCGAUGGACACUACUCCCAUACGCGUAACAUAGACGUAAUAAAUAAAGCUAGAGAAAACCACGUAUCAAUUGUUUGCCUACCUCCCCACAGCACACAUCGCAUGCAACCGUUGGAUGUAGGAUUCAUGGGGCCUCUGAAAACGUACUAUGCUCAGGAAAUUGAGACUUGGCUGCGAAACAACCCUGAUCGUAUUGUCACGCCAUUUAUCAUUGCAAGACUAUUUUCAGUUGCAUAUAACAGAGCAGCCACUAUGGAGGUUUCGGUGAACUCGUUUAGAACAACGGGACUAUUUCCGCUUAAUAGAAAUAUUUUCCGAGAUCAUGACUUCUCAGUGUUCGAAGUUGAGGAGAAAUUAACAGUCCCUGAAGAUACUGGGGGAACUUCCAAAGAUUCUAGCGAUAUUGAGGAUGCCGCAGAUGAUCCACGGCCGGGAAAUUCAAAAGAGUCCAAUGAUCAGGGGGCUGUAAAUAGUUCUCGUAAAGCCGUCAAAUACCUUUCAGAACCUACAAAGCUUGUCAGUCCAGUGCAGAUAAAACCUCUUCCCAAAAUAAAGAGCAAGAAGCCCAGUGCUCGUGCAGGCAGUGCAGCAUUGAUUACCUCAUCUCCUUACAAAGAUGAUUUAACAGAAAGUUUGGAUAAGAAACGUAAAAAGGAAGAUUCCGCAAAACAUAGCAAAGUUACAUCAGUUACAAAGAAGGUUAAGUUUGACGAUGCAAGGGAAGCAAAGUUUCGCAAACCAAAAAGUACUAAACGGUUUAAAAAGAAGAGGGCCGAUUUAAGUGACAGCUCAACUGAUGAAAGCGAUGACUUGGGAGAAGUUGUUGUUGAUGAUGAGAGUGAUGGUGACGAAAAUUAUGACGCAGAAUGCCUCUUCUGCACAAGCAUGUAUUCUGCAGACAAGCAUGGUGAACAGUGGGUUAGGUGUACAGUGUGCUACAGAUGGGCCCAUGAAGAUUGUGGUGCAGAAGAUCCUAUCUUUGUGUGCCCAAUGUGUGAAAAAAAACAGAAAAAGUAACUAUAUAAUGUAUUUUUAUGGUCUAUUUACUCUAAAUAAUGUUAUUUGGAAAGA